AUUAAGCUGCAGAACAACAUAUCAUAUCAAAUGGCAGACAUACAUCGUUUAAAGGAACAACUAGCAGAAUUACGUCAGGAAUUCAUUCGCCAGGAAGAUCAGCUUCACGAGUACAAGAAGAACAAUACUUACCUUACAAAGAGAUUGGAAUAUGAUAGUCUGCAGUGUGGGCAGCAGAUCAAGGAAAUGAGACUGCAACAUGAAGAAAGCAUAAAGAAAUUAAUGGACCAAGUUGUGCGGGAACAAAAGGCCACACAAAAAAUUCAGUCCAGUAAAGACACUGAAGUAAAUCCAAAUAACGACAACCAGGCAAUAUCUAAGACUGUUCCAGAGGCAGAAGCUAAAAAUACAGUAAAGAAUGAACAACCUUCAGAUCGUGUUGUAAACGGCAAAGAGAAAAUGAAACCAGGAGGAGAUGCAGGCAUGCCUGAAAUAGAAGAUAACGACCCUGCUAAAGCUGAAGAUACUCCCACUGCUUUAAAGAAGCCACUGAUUUCAGCUCCUAAAAGUGAAGGUCAUCAACCUGUUAUCAAUCUUCCAACUGAACAGCCCCAUGCUCCAAAUCUGGCACCAGGUUUGCACAGUGACGACGAUGGAAAUGCUGAUACUGUGAAGCAGAUACCUCCAAAUUCUCUCCAGCACUUAAAUUUUGAAGAAAAUACAGAAAAUCAGGAAGAACACAAAAUUGAGACAGACCAUAUAAAAAUUCCAAAGAGCAGAGUUAGUGACUUGCAGAAGAUGAAGCAAAGCCGAUUCUUUGAUGAGAAUGAAUCCCCUGUUGAUCCGCAGCAGGGUUCUAAACUGGCAGAUUAUAAUGGGGAUGAUGGGAACGUGGGUGAGUAUGAGGCAGACAAACAGGCUGAGCUGGCUUACAAUGAGGAAGAGGAUGGUGAUGGUGGAGAAGAAGACGUCCAAG